AUGUUUAGCAGAGAAUCCAAUCCAAAUUGCUCAAGCCAUAAAAGUCUUCAUGGCGUACUACGUAGUUUUUACAAGAAACCCGAGAGAAAGAAGUCUGGACCCACUCGUGAAACCGCGAACAUUAUAGAGGAUGCUUUUAAACCGAUCAAGUGUACAACUCCCAGUGUUUGGAAGAGUAGUAGUAAAAGUCUAUUGGAUCAGAUAGACGAAGACCAUCCAUCGGAAAAAAGGAGUACGGAGUAUGCUUUUGAAGGGGGUAAGGCCAAAGAGAAACUAUCUCCCAUCGGUCAAGGCGUCUCUGAGAAGAGUAAGACCCGAUUUAUCACUCUAAGCAAUGCUUUAAAGACUGAAGCAGCUACUAUUCCAGGUCCGAUCUUAGCUGAGAAUAAGAAGCACCAGUUCUUAGAGGAGAUGCAAGGGUUUGCCCGUAAAAGAGGCAUAGUUACUACAAGUACUAAUCUUAUCUGUGCAAUCUCUAAGGAUCAGGAGGGCAGUCGGUUUAUUCAGAAGAAGUUAGAUAGUGCUUCGGCUGAGGAGAUUGAGUUGACAUUCCAGGAGAUCAAGAAAUGGAUUGGUGAGUUGAUUGUAGAUUUAUUUGGUAAUUAUGUAGUGCAGAAGUUCUUAGAGAUAGGAACAGCUGCUCAACAACUGGAGAUUUUAGCUGCGAUGGAACCGAUGAUUGUUUCUUUAGCUCUGCACAUGUACGGCUGUCGGGUUCUGCAGAAGGCAUUAGAGUGCAAAACUAUCAACCGUAAGAUAGUGGAGGGAAUUAAAGGACAUGUAAUUGAGUUAGUUUGUGACCAGAACGGGAAUCAUGUUGUGCAGAAGUGUGUGGAAUGUGUUGAUUCUGAUUUUGUUAUUAAGGAGUUUGAACAGGAUGCAGUGAGUUUAAGCAGGCAUCGGUAUGGAUGCCGGGUGAUUCAACGGAUUUUUGAGAACAGUCGGCAGUGUAGUGCGGCAGUAGAUAAGAUUAUUCAAAAUGCCCGGGUUUUAGUAGAGGAUCAGUAUGGCAACUAUGUGAUUCAGCAUAUUUUAGAGCGGGGUACAGAGCAGCACAAGCGCCGGAUCAUUGCUGAUUUAUCUGAUAAGAUUGCCGAGUACAGUACGCAUAAGUUUGCUUCUAAUGUAAUGGAGAAGUGUGUUCUGUGUGGGACAGCUGAGAACCGGAAGAAAAUGUUACAGCAACUGAUGCAUCCCCAAGCGCCCUUGCCACAAACUACUCUCAUUACUAUUUCUUGUGAUAAGUUUGGGAAUUAUGUAGUGCAGCGUUUACUGGACGUUUUGACCGGUCGUGAUAAGGAUCUUCUUUAUGCCCAUUUAAGAGCUCACUUGCCAGAACUCAAGAAGAGUUCGUAUGCCAAGUGUAUUGUAGCCAAACUAGCCCAAAAUCCAACACCGAUCACUACUACCAAUCCAUCUACCACUACCACUACCAACUCAACGACUACUUCUCAAUAG